GUUUCAUGAGGAUUUUUGUCAGGAAGGUCUUUUAUUUUGGUCGGCUUGUCCUGCUUUAAAUGACGAGUUUAAAUAACCAGAACCACAAAUCAAGACAACAUGCCUGCCUAUUGGAGCGAACAGAGUGCAAUUCUACUUUGGGUUAGGCCUUAUGACUGCAGCAAUGCAAUGUGUAAGACCCAACUUCCAGCUGUGUCCUUGCUUUGCUGUGUCAGAAGCGCAUGACAGUGAGAAAGCUGGCUGUGGCUCCGAGGUGGAAGGACUAUGGAUUAAGGCUAUUCGGGUACAUCCAUCCCUACGAGGAGGGGGAGUUCCAGUUUGCCGUGGCCUCGGAUGAUAACUCAGAGUUCUGGCUCAGUAGAAACGAGAAGCCAGAGGAGCUGCAUCUGCUGGCCUACGUAGGGAAGAGGGGCAGGGAGUGGACGGCACAAGGGGAGUUUGGAAAAUAUCCACGUCAGAUCUCUCAGCCUGUACACCUGUCGAUGAAGAGGUACUACUUUGAAGUGCUCCACAAGCAGGACAGUGGAGGCACAGACCAUGUGGAAGUGGCGUGGAGACUGACGCAGGCAGGCUCCCAGUUCACAUUGGUCUCUUCCAGGUCUCUGUCUCUCUACACUAAUGAGUCCUCUCUGAUGCUGGACAAAGUGCAGCAUAUCCCCCAGUCCCCCGCCAGUCACCGCCAAGCCGGCUGGCACUCCACUCACACCGCAGAGAUGCUGAAGCCAGACCCGCGGGACUUCUUCCACCAGCUCCCUUUCAUUAACGAGUCCCACCUGGAGCAAGUCCUCCCUGACUGCAUCUACAGCCCGAGCUACCUCCUGAGUCCAGGCACCCCGCUGGUGCGUUACCAAGGCCUGCACUUCGUAAGAGGAGUCCUGCCAGACUCGCAACUGUUUGAAUAUGUAGAUCGGGAGGUCCGGGAGAAGAAGAGAGAGCGGCAGAGAAUUCGGGGCCAGCGUGAGAAGGAAGGGGAGCUGGAGAGGCAGAGGGAGGGAGCGAGACAGGUGGAGGCGGUGAAACAAGAACAGAAGGCAGUGAGGCAGAGAGAGGGGGAGAGGGGGAGCCAGAGGACAACGGUGAGGUGGGGGGAGGGGGGGAGGCAGGGGGAGCUAGUGACAGGGCCUGCUGGAAAGAGCCAGGAUGUCCUCCUCCCGCAGGAGGACGACAGGGAUGAGAUGUCUAUCAAACCAGUUUUCUAUGACCAGGCUGUGGACUGGGAGCAGACCUUCGAUCUGAAGAAUCUGGACUUCGACAUCCAGCGCUCGGACUGGAUGGACCUGCACUGCAAUGUGUCUGGGAAUCUGGUCCUGAGCAAGACCGAGGCCCUGGGGGUGGUGCAGAGCUACAUGGAGAAGCUGAACGCCAGGAACAAGGGGCUCUACUCUCUGAAGCGUGUUGUGAAUGUGGAGAAGCGUCUCGACCCGGUGAAGGGCAGCCGCUACCUGCUGGAUUUGGAGCUGCUGGAGGGCGGGGCGCGGGUGUUGUGCCUCUCGCAGUUUGUCGUCAUUCUGAACCCCCUGCCCCCUGCCCAGUGGCCCAGGGGAACCCGGGGUGGGCCCCACCCUCACCCCCACCCCCCACCACCAACAGAGCCACUGUUGUGCCGCCCGCUGGGUCUGAUCCACAGGAACGAGACCAUGGUCCACUUCAUCGUGCCAGUGAAGGACCAAGCUCGCUGGGUGCAGCAGUUCAUCACAGACAUGGAGGAGCUGUACAGAGAGACUGGGGACAAGAACUUCAACGUGAUCAUUACUGACUACAGCAGCACCGACAUGGAUGUGGAGAGGGCACUGAGACGAGCAGCGCUGCCCAGGUUCCAGUAUGUCAAGCUGAGAGGGAACUUCGAGCGCUCUGCAGGCCUCCAGGCGGGCACCAACCUCAUCCAGGAUAACAGCAGCAUUGUGUUCCUGUGUGAUCUUCACAUUCACUUCCCCGCCUCGAUCCUCGACAGCAUCCGCAAGCACUGUGUGGAGGGCAGGCUGGUCUUCGCCCCCAUUGUCCUGCGCUUGGACUGUGGGGCUUCUACACAGGACCCAGACGGUUACUGGGAGGUGAAUGGAUUUGGAUUGCUGGGACUCUACAAGUCGGACCUGGACUCUGUGGGUGGGAUGAACACUAGGGAAUUCCGGGAUCGCUGGGGUGGAGAGGACUGGGAGCUGCUGGACAGGAUUGUACAAGCGGGGCUGGAUGUGGAGCGGAUUUACCUGAGAAAGUUCUUCCAUCACUUCCACAGUAAGAGGGGGAUGUGGAAUCGGAGACUACAAUACUAACUGAGGGGAACCAGGCAGAGGGGCCCCUCUGAAUGAACUGAGACCAGAGACAGGAGACAACUGUAUGAAUCUGUACUACUGACCGGGGGGCUCUUACUGAAUGAAAUGAGAGUGCUUUGAGGGGGGGGGGGGUGAUUUUUUUUAAAAAUUAUUAUUCUGUUUCAGGGUGGAUUUGUAAACACAGAUUAAAUUUGACCUCAAAGCACAAAGAGGCCUGGUUUCUGAGUGUGUCUGAUAGUCAGACUUUGGGAGCUGGCUCUUAUGGGACAUUUGAGACUGUAGAUUUAACCUUGCAGAAAAUCAGUGCUGUUCUCGACUCUAUAGAUGGUGUGCACUGGUGGCUGGAGUGCUGUUUGCAGGAGAACACUGGGAGCUGGCAGACCCAGCUGGAAAAUCUGGACUCAUUGUACUCCAGCUGUAAUAGCUACUCUGGUGGACAUGCACAAGCCAGCAUCUUCUCUGGUGGAGAAGCACAAGCCCAGGGUAUUCUCUGGGUCAUUAAGAGGGUCGCCUGUUGCUCAAGGUGAAUACUUGAAAAUGAGGAGAGAUUAGGAAGGAGGUGACGGAGCAAUAACAUUUGUUUGGGUUCACGGUCUAACGGUGUUACAUUGAUGGUUGUCGGUCUCUCAGAAGUUUUACUUUUAAGAACAUAAGAACAUAAGAAAGUUUACAAAUGAGAGGAGGCCCAUCUUGCUCGU